GGGUGUGAUCGUGCAUCGAACAUGCAUCACCCAGGGAGCUUGCGAUCAAUCAUGUAGUCGUCCCGCUCCCGCUCCCGCCCCUCCGUUUUUUUUAACUCCCACCAUCGCCUCCAGUCAUGCCAUAAUCUGCAGUUCCUUCCCUCUCUCGCUCGAGAUCUUAAUUCCUGCCGCACAGCAGGUCAUCGGCAUAAUAAUUACCCCUAAUAUUCACCGCGAUUUAUUUUGGAUCUCCAUCCUAACCCACCACUCUGGUUUCUUUAUCCCCCCUUGCUCCCUUUCCUGCGUCCUUCCCGGACGAUGUCUAAACGCGGUUCCAACGACAAGGAGAUUCCCGAAAAAGAUGCCAAUGCAACUAGGACAUUGGCAGUCGACAUCGGCGACGGCAACUCUUCCGACGUCGAUGGGGCCUGGAAGUUUCUCGACAAUCACCGAGGGGAUGAUGCUUCGACCGACAUCAAGGCGCUGCGGCGGAAGAUUGACUGGCACAUUGUGCCCUUAAUGUUCCUCUGCUACACGAUGCAGUUUUUGGACAAGGUCAUCUACAACUAUGCCGCGGUGAUGGGCAUCCAAAAAGACCUAAAUCUCGUCGGCAACGACUUCUCUAACAUUGCCACCUUUAUGUUUGUCGCAUUGCUGUGCUUCGAGGUUCCCAACGUCUACCUCCUCCAGAAGGUACCCGCCGCCAAGUGGCUCGGCGCCAACGUCGCGCUCUGGGGAGUGGCGACGGCGUGCGGCGCGGCGGCGCACAACUACCAGACCCUGCUCGUCAGCCGCGUCUUUCUCGGCAUCUUCGAGUCGACUAUCGGGCCCUCCCUCCUGCUGAUCAGCAGUCAGUGGUACACAAAGUCGGAGCAGGCGCCCCGGUUCUCGUUCUGGUACCUCGGGCUCGGCCUCGGCCAGAUCAUCGGCGGCCUCGUGUCCUACGGCUUCCAGCACGUCGUCCCAGGUCCGUCGUCUGCCGCGCUCGCCGGGUGGAGGACCAUGUUCGUUGUCCUCGGCUGCGUUACUGUUGUUGUUGGUGCAGUUACGUUCUUCUUCGUCCCGGACUCGCCCAUGAAGGCAACGUGGCUGUCUGAUGGCGAGAAGGUUGCGCUACUGAAGCACGUCAGCGUCAACCAGACAGGCGUUGAAAAUAAGCACUUCCGGCUCAGGGAGAUUGGAGAGGCGUUGUUGGACCCCCAGUUAUACCUCAUGGUCCUGGCCGUCAUCUUGCUCUCCGUUUCCAGUGGUGUCGUCACCACCUAUUCGUCUACACUCAUUCGUAACCUCGGCUACACCCCCAAGAAAGCGGCUCUCAUGAACAUGCCAUCCGGAGCCGUCAGCAUCUUCUUCACGCUGUUCGUCGGCUACGGGAUCCGUUAUGGAUCCCACCGAUGGGCGUGGAUCGUCGCCACCAUCAUCCCAAGCAUCAUCGGCGGUUCUCUCAUGUCCUUCCUCCCAAUCAGCAACCGCGCCGGCUGCCUCGCAGGCAUCUACCUCGUCAACGCCGUCGUCGCGCCCCUCCCUGUCUUCUACCAGUGGACGGCCUCCAACUUCGCCGGCGCGACCAAGCGCGCCCUCGCCGCCGCCGUCGUCAGCGGCUCCUUCUCGCUCGGCAACAUCAUCGGCCCGCAGACCUUCCAGGCCCGCGACGCCCCCGGCGGCUACCGCCCCGCCAAGCUUGCCGUGAUGGGGACGCAGGCCGGUUGCGCGGCCGUUACGGUUACGCUGUUUGCGUACUACGUCUGGGAGAAUCGGCGGAGGGGGUUGGCUGGGAAGCGGGGUGUUGAGGACGGGGAUGGGGUUGUCGGCGAGGAUGCGUAUCUGGAGCGUGAGGCGUGGGCGAGGAUGACGGACCGGGAGAAUCGGAGGUUUAGGUAUUCGUAUUGAGCGGAGGGCUGGGAAUAGAGUGGUCGGUUUGUUGGCUGUGUCGUGGGUGUGGUUGAGCUUCUCGGGCAUUGCUGGGACGUCUAAUAACUUCGGCCAACUCCCUCUUGAUACGGCCUAGGUUGAUCUCGGAGCAAAGUACCAUAAUAAUCACUUGGGAUAUAGUCAGCAAAAGAAGAGUUGAUAAUAAUGAAGCCCAACGACACGAUCGGCGUCCAUCCAGCAAGAAAAUAAAUGGGUAUCAUAUAUAUACAACAUAGAGUAAACACA